GAAAGAAAUAAAAAAAAAGAUAGAUAAAAAACUCUAAAAUGAGCUGCUCUUUGAGUCUCCAUAUCCCCAAAGCUUUACCUUCAAUUUCUCCACAGUGCACAACAAAACUCCUCUCUAUUUCAUCUAAUUACAAACCACUCCUCAAUUCUAAGCUCCACAAGAAAGUUGGAAUAAGCAAUGAUUUGAAGAAAUUCAGCUUGGCAUUUCAACUUGGUGCCUUUUUGGCCACUGUUGAGCAGCCAGCAUUAGCAGUAACAGGAGUGAACAAUAAGGAAGACUUGACAUCCAUUUUGAUUCAAUCAGCAAUUGUUGCUUUUGGGUAUUUCAUAGUCAUGCCACCUAUAAUAAUGAACUGGAUGAGAGUCCGUUGGUACAGAAGAAAGCUCUUUGAAAUGUACUUACAGUUCAUGUUUACCUUCAUUUUCUUUCCUGGAAUACUACUGUGGGCACCAUUUCUGAACUUCAGGAGAUUUCCAAGGGAUCCAACCAUGAAGUACCCAUGGUCUACACCUGAAAAUCCUUCACAAAUUAAAAAUAACUACGCCAAGUACCCAUUUGCUACACCUGAAGAUUAUGACUAAAAAUUCCUGAACUUUCUUUAGCCUCUCGCCUGGCUCCUUGUAUCAUAUCUAUUUUAUGAAAUAUUAACACAUCGGACCAUUCUCUAAUA